ACUUACCUAUAUAUGCAUAUAUAUUUGUAUAUUGUGUUUGUCGUUUUUGUCUAUAAUGCAUUUUCCGGCCAUUGGCGAUUUCUAUCAACGUUUGCUUUUUCUUCUGCCGUUUUCUGCAAAUUUAUUGCCGGAGGGCCUACGCUUUAGCUAUGAUGAACCCCAGAAAUGGCAAUACAGCUAUCCACAGUGUGGCGGCUCCGAACAGUCGCCCAUAGCACUCAACCCGCACAAAGUGAUACCCAUUGGUUUGCCGCCAUUGUACUUUGGUUUAUAUGACGAGCCCUUCGAUGAGCUCUUGAGCAUUAGAAACAAUGGACACACAGUUGAGUUCGGUGUGCCGCCGACAGUGUUUGGAGAACGUCCCUAUUUGACGGGCGGCCUUCUGAGUGACUUUUAUGAGGCGAUGGCCGUCCACUUCCACUGGGGCUCAUCUCAAAGCAAGGGCUCGGAGCAUUUGAUAAACGGUCGUCGCUACGAUCUGGAAAUGCACAUUGUUCACCGCAAUACAAAGUACCAGAGUGACGAGGAGGCGAGAAAUCAAACCGAUGGCAUCGCCGUACUCGCCGUGCUCUUUAAAGUGGUGAAGACAGACUAUUUGUAUUACCAACCUGGUCUGAAUGAAAUCUUUGGAUCGCUGUUACAUCUGGGAGAGUUUAACAACAGCUAUACGCCAGCCGCAUUCCUCACACUUGGAUCACUGCUGGGUAAUUUGGACAGGGGCAACUUUUAUGCCUACAAAGGUUCAUUGACAACGCCGCCCUGUUCGCCAGCUGUGUUGUGGCAUGUCUUCGCCGAGGUGCUGCCCAUUUCCCAUCGGGAAUUACCAAAGUUUUGGCAGCUCCGGGAUCGCCUUGGACGACCUCUGCUAAAUACCUUUCGACCAUUGCAAUCAGUGGAAGCGCGGCAGGUGUUUCAGCGUCGCCCCAUCGUGGAAUAUGCGUGGUUAUAAUAUAUGUUACAAAUUUAUUGCCAAAAAAAAAGAUAAAAGUG